GCCUAACAAGUACAGAGGUCAAAUAUAAUUAUAGAAGUUCGAAGAGGUGUUGGCUUUUUUAGCAAUGGUGCCCGGCUGAACAUGCAUGGAUACGCCAGGGAUGUCUAAGGUUCCUGUCAGAGUAUUCAUAAGGGUUCGUCCGCUCCUGGAGCAUGAGGUGGUGCUCUCGUGUGAGGAGUGUGUGCGUACGGUGGGAGAGGACCAGCUCAUGUUGGGGGGCAACCAAACAUUCCGUUUUGACCGAGUCUUCCCAUCAUCCGCAUCUCAGACCUCUGUGUACGAGUGCUGUGUGGAGCCUCUGGUGAAGGCCUGCUUUGAGGGUUACAAUGCCACCGUGUUUGCUUACGGUCAAACGGGAUCUGGGAAGUCCUUUACAAUGGGAAGUGAGCUGGACGGGGGAUCAGAGGGGGAGAGGGGGAUCAUACCACGAGCUCUGGACGGGAUAUUCCAGCUGCUCCCCCCACACACCACCUCCACUGUGUGCGUGUCGUACAUUGAGGUCUACAGGGACGAGUUGAGGGACCUAUUUGUGGGUGUGGCUACUGAGGGAGGGGGUGUGGCAGGGGAGAGGGGAGUCACAAUCAGAGAGGACUCUCAAGGAAACAUUCUCGUGCUUGGCUGCACCUCACUACUCGUGUCCACUGCCGAGGAGGCGUUGGGUUGGCUGGAGGUGGGCAACAGUUCCCGGGUAACUGGAGCCACUCACAUGAAUGCCAAGUCAAGCAGAUCACAUGCCAUCUUCACAGUGCAUAUCCAGCAGAAAUGGAGGUCAUCUGAAGUGGCUGAAGGUGGGGACGACCCUGUGAUCAAGAGCUCGUCAACACUACCGGACGCUGAACUAGAGCAUUGCUUGUCUGCAAAGUUCCACUUCGUAGAUCUGGCGGGAUCAGAGAGGGUCAGCAAGACAGGCAACCAGGGGCUCAGGUUUAAAGAGUCUGUGCACAUCAACAGUGGUCUGCUAGCCCUGGGCAAUGUCAUUAGUGCUCUGGGGGGCACUAAGAAAAAGCCCCCCCACGUUCCCUAUCGAGACUCCAAAAUCACUCGUCUCUUGAAAGACUCCCUGGGGGGCAAUGCACGCACUGUCAUGAUCACAUGUCUCAGCCCGGCAGCGACCAACUUUGCAGAGAGUCUCAACUCACUCAAAUACGCCAAGAGAGCACGUAACAUCCACAAUCGUCCUGUGGUGAACCGGGAUGACCAGACCAACCAGUUACAGGCUAUGCAAGCCGAGAUACAGUCACUGAGAGAUGAGCUCAUCAGAGCACAGUACAGUGGAGCUGUCGUCACUGUGGACUCCUCACUCAAUACAGAGCCUCUUGAAGUGUUGUCGAGGGUGACGUACCUAGAGGGAGAGUUGAGUGCAGCCAGGUUGCAGUGUCAGCACUAUCAGACCAUCUUGGACAGUGCCUGGGGGCGAGUGACCAGACUAGUGUCCAGUGAUGGAGUGGAGAAAGCACAGGAGCUGUUGGACUGGCUGGAGGAGGUCAAAACAACGACAGGAGGUAGUAGUGACUCUGCCCACUCUCCUCUCUCGGCUAAGGCCCUACAAACUAUUGACCUCCUCCGCUCAGAGCUAGAGCGAUGUCUGACUGACUUGCAAACCGACGAAGAACUAUUCGCAGAGAAAACGGACGAAAUAGCAGAGCUACAACUAAACUACGAAGAAAUAGUAUCGGAGAAAUCUCGACUCGAGAGCAUGUGGUUAGCGGCCCAGAAAAGUGAAGAGGAGCUUAGAGUUGAACUACAGAAGGUUCUAGAAGAAGUAAGAAUUUUGGAGAAGGAAUUGGCAGACCGAGAACAGAUUAUACAGCACCAGAAGGUCUUACUUGAGGGAGGUGUAGGAGAGGGUGUUAACGAGGAGGGGCAUCCCCUUGAUGAAGGGGAAGUCCCCACUGUGGGGGGUAACGAGAGGAUGGACUCUGAGUUCACGGCAAACCGAUCACUUAUUGUAGGAAAAGUCAGCACAUCAACACUGGAGGAUUUCAGUGAAGAAAAUGUGCUCAAAUCUCUGUCCACCCUCUCUCAAAUCCUGACUGAUGCUCGAGCUCCUAGUGACCUCGGGAGAACAUUCACACGUCCAUCACACUCAGCAGCAAGGAGCAACUCUCUACCCAACUCUCUACCAGCUAAUCAACACUCCAGUGGUCUCCGUAAACCAGGCAAUGGAAACAGUAAUAAAGCUACAAAGUCUACACAUUCUGAACAACCUGAAGAUGAGACUGUUCUAACUCAGUCAAGAGCAUCUGCAAGGCAGGACAAAUUAAUGAGUACAAAGGUGCUGAAAACUGCUCGUUCUAAGCAACCUGGCACGUAUGCUAAUCCUGGUAGUCAGAAGAAUGUUAAGUCCUUGGACCAAAAUAUUACUAAAAUGAGAGCCAUUUCUGAUGAUCGAACGUCUACUUCAAAGAGACGUCAUAGAGGUGAGGUUUAUAGUUUCGAUAGCGAGGAUGUGAGACCAACUACGCCCGUGGGUGUGAGCAAUGUGGAGCCGUGCUUCUCGAGGGUGGGCCGUACUGUGAGUGCUCCCUGUGAGGCUGGUGAUAGUGUGAGGAGUGUGACUAGUGUGGGUGUGACUGAGAUGGAAGCACUUAACGAAAGUGCUGUAGAGUCAAGGAGACAACUCACUACUGCUGAAGAAAAGCUGACACUGGCACACGACGAAUUGAGAAACCUCAACCUCAAAAUAAGGUUGAAGGAGGAGCUGAUCCAUGAGUUAGUGAAGACUGGUCGCUCCACCAAACAACUCAAUACCUCGUACCUCACAAAGAUACAAACACUGGAGAAGGAUGUUUUAUCGGUGACGAGAGAGCUGGGCAAGACGCAGGAUAUUGUUGGGCGGGGUAGUCAGCCGGGUGCCACCCCUGACCUCAAGAAGGCUCUAGAUGCCCAGAAAAAGAAGCUUGCUUUGACUGAGAAUAAACUAGCAUCGCUGCAAAAGAAACAAAAGGAGACACAGCGACUGGUUCAGUUUGGUACACGGCGAGAGCGUCGGGUGGAUGAUUUGGAGGGUGAGGUGGAGCGACUGAGGAACCAGCAGGAGCAGCUCAAGAGGAGACUCAAAACCAAGGCCGACAAGAAGACACGACUAGAGAAUGACCUACAGAAGUACCAACACAGGAUACGAGUGCUACAAGUCCAUAGCGACCAGCAGUCAAAGGUGCUCAGGGUCAAAACUGAAGAGGCUGCUGUGGCCCGGAGGAAGCUGCGUAGAAUGAGUGCAAAGACAACUCACAGUGAGCCAGUCACAGAGAGCUCUGAGGGGGUGUGGUUGGACCAGGAGGUGGCUAGGAUACUGGAGCAGAAGCAAGCCAUUCACGCUAUUGAGAGGGAGCUGUCAGAGCGAGAGAGAGUGGUGAGGGAGAAGGAGACAUUGAUCGCUGAGAGAGAUGCUCUGACCUUCAAACAGUUACAGGCUAGCCAAACCACCGCCAGAGAUAUAAUACGUCUGUCGCUACAAAUUGACUCGAUUGGGAGCUCUUUGAAAAAGAAAGAGAGUAUCAGACCUUCUAGUGAGGCCCCAGCCAAACCUGGACCACGGGAAGUCGAAGCUCUCAGAAAAGAAAAGGAUGAGCUGGUCAUGAAAUGUAGCGAGCUUCAACAAAAAAUGGAGAACAACAAUUUUCUACCAGAGAAAGACCAGCGAAACUUGUGUGAGCUGAAUGAGCACAUAGAGAUCUUAGAAGCUGCCCUGGACUACAAGAGUCGCUCUAUAGACUUCAAGCAGCCAGGACUGAGAGUGGCCCUGGAGUCAGAGGCUUCAUACGAGCAGAGCCUCAGGGGCAAGCUGGAGCAACUGACAGCACAUGAUCUACAAGACUUGUUAUUGAGGUAUGUUGAUAAGGUGGUGGGGUUGCAGUUGAGUCAGUCAGCAUCGACCCAGACUGUGAGAGAGCUAGAGGUUAGGAGCAGUGAGCAGGACAGAGAGGCAGGGAGGUUGCAGCGGACACUAAAACAGACCACAGCUGCCAGUGAGAGACAACUGCUCACUCUGCAAAAGGACCAUGAACAACAAGUGCAGCUCCUGGUGGAGCAGCUAGCUGAUCAGCAACAACACACAAGCCAAGACACAUCACUCAGAGACAAAGUCAAACAACUCGAGAAAGACCUCUACUACUACAAGAAAACCAGUCGAGACCUGAGAAAGAAACUAAAAUCUGGCAACACAGACUUCGCUCAAUCUCCUUCUGUGAGCAUGGACUCUAUUGCAAGGAUCGUGGAAUAUUCAGAAGUAUCGAUGGUGCAAGAUUCUCUCUCAAGUGACAAGACUGGUGUGCUGUUGAGUAGGAACGUGACUGAUUUGAAGACUGAGGAGGGCAGUCGAAUCAGUAGCGAUGGGUCCGACCAUGACUCAGGGCGGAGUGGUAGCGAGACUAAUAGCAAGGUGGUCAAGAAGAGUAGGAGACAGCUGAGGCAACUCAGUACUGGUGAGAUUGCCCAGAGGAAAAGUCAGAAGGACAAGACAAACGCUUUGUAACAUUGUAGCUACAUGUAGAUACUAACAUGACAUUGUCCUCUCAGCUGUUUGUUUCCAGUACAUGUAUGUCUGCUAAUGCCUGCCCACUCCCUUAAACGAUCAUUACACAAACAUC